AUGCAAAAUAGAGGAUUUCCUUCAGAAGGCCCAUCGUAUGAUGGUCUCCUGGCUCUCCAUCCUUCGCCCGAGGCCGACAACCACCAACACAUCACUGUAAACGAUACCCAGGAAGACGAUGGUGGACUUGAUGACAGUGGAUUGCCGCGAUCACAUGCCGAGCCAAAAGGAAAAGACCUGCCUGAACUCCCUCAUGACAUUCUUUCAUUGAUAUUUUGGCAUGCGUGCCAACCGGUCCUCAGUGCUCGUUCCGAGUAUGGCCCUAGAUGGGAGCGCACAUUCUAUCCACUCUGGCUCGGCAAAAUAUCCAGAUCGUGGCGCGAGACUGCCUGGGCAUCUUCGGAGUUAUGGGAAAUCAUAGUACUUCGCAUCAAUUUCAAGAAAAUUGGCAUUCAAACCGACCUCUUACGAGAGUGGUUUGGACGCGCAAAGGGACGAUUGCUUGACGUUUACAUUGAAGAACCACACCGCGCUCAUAAACUCAUCAUUCCUUUAAUCCGCGAUACUCGUUCUCGUGUUGAACUGUUGGAUCUGAUCUCCCAACACUCGGAGCAGUUUCAACGUAUCGACUUGCACCUCCCUUUUCAUCUAUACCAAUAUUUUGCUGACUCAACGUCAACACGGCCAACCAGUGAAGGCCCCGCUUAUCCUUUACUACGAUACGCCUCAUUAAAUUUUCGAGAAAAAGAAGAGGUUCCCGAAAUACCCGAACUGGGUUUUAAAGAAGCACCCUUUCUAUGCACUCUAUCCCUAUCCUCUUUCCGUAUGAGGCCGAAUGGCCUAUCUUUCUGUCCUACGAAGCAAAUCACUCGCCUCGUUUUGGAUUCAUGCAGAAACUUGAUUUUGAAGAAUCUCCUCAGUGACUUCCCUCGACUCAAUGAACUUACUUUGACGAAAUGCAAAUUUUCCCACAGCAGACCAAUCCUUGGAGGGAUCGUACACAAUCACUUGCGAAUCCUCAAUGUUGAGUUCACAAUGCAAGUCUUCGCAGUGCCCAGGUCCCACGUCAUGUCGAAUUCUUUACCUGGUUUGGAGAGCAUAUCAAUCUGUGUUGCCGAACCGUUGCGAUCCGUUGACACUCAACACAUUCCUCCGUUCUUGGAGCACUCCCGCAGCAUCUUGACUUGCCUUACUCUCGAAUUCCUAAUCACCGCAGAGUUGGAAUAUCAACUUAUUGAAUUCCUUUCUCUUCCUGCCAUCUCCUCCCUUCGAGAAUUGCACAUUCGGGAGUAUUCCAUUCACGGCAACCUAUUGAGACACUUAUUGGGUGCGGGGCUGGGUCGAACCUUCUUCGACGUUCUUCACCCGGACGAAGACCCAAAUUACCUCCCACAUCUAGAGAUUAUUGAAUACGAGGGCCUAUUGGCAGUGCAUGCUAUUGAUUUCAUUGAACCGUUGAUUGUUCGAUCACGUAUACGCACAAGGUCAGAUGAUCCUCCCAGCUAUGAGGACAGCAAGAAUUUGGGUAUAUCAGAGGGAGUGGCGACGUUGAGAAAAGCGACGAUUAAAGCCGACCAAUAUUCUGAGGUCGCAUCUUUUUCGAUUGCUGAGUACACAGAUCCGCAUUACGUUUGGGAAAUAAUUCAACUGAUGGAGGAGGGGGCGUUGAGGCUACUGAAUAUGGAUGGAUCUUUGUGGGAAUAG